CGUUCUGCCUUCAUGCACGUUCAGAUUGACGCCUCAAACGCACGCGACGCCACACAGCCAUGUCUUUCGGACAAGUUACCCGGAGUUUGGUUAAACCAGCUCGGGGUGUCCUGCGGUCCUCGUCCUCGGCGUUGAACCGGAACUACGCCGCUGUCGCGGAAGCCAGAGCGGUGCUGGAGAGCGAGCUCGACGGUAUCCGAGCCGCGGGGACGUGGAAAGCGGAGAGGGUCAUUACGUCAAAGCAGGGACCUCACAUCAACGUGGACGGCAGCCGUAGCAGCAUUUUGAAUUUCUGUGCCAACAACUACCUGGGACUGUCCAGCCACCCGGGGGUGGUGCAGGCGGGGAUUGACGCUCUGAAGUCAUAUGGCGCUGGGUUGAGCUCUGUCAGAUUCAUCUGUGGCACACAGGAUCUACACAAAAAUCUGGAGCAGAAGCUAGCCGAGUUCCAUGAGAGGGAGGACUGCAUCCUCUAUGCUAGCUGUUUUGAUGCUAACGCUGGACUGUUUGAGGUUCUGUUGGGCCCGGAUGACGCGGUGCUGUCUGAUGAGCUAAACCACGCCUCCAUCAUCGAUGGGAUCCGACUGUGUCGAGCAAAGAGGCUGCGCUACAAACACAUGGACCUCAGUGAUCUGGAGAGCAAGCUCAAAGAGUCUCAGUCGUCUCGUAUGCGCCUGGUGGUGACGGAUGGAGUCUUCUCUAUGGACGGAGACGUGGCUCCCCUAACAGGGAUCUGUGACCUGGCGGAGCAGUACGGAGCCAUGGUGUUUAUAGACGAAUGCCACGCCACUGGUUUCCUGGGGCCCCGGGGCAGAGGGACGGACGAGCUCCUGGGAGUGAUGGACAGAGUUCACAUUGUAAACUCCACCCUGGGGAAAGCUCUGGGAGGAGCCGCUGGGGGCUACACGGUUGGCCCUAAGCCUCUCAUCGACCUGCUGAGGCAGCGCUCGCGGCCCUACCUGUUCUCCAACUCCCUCCCCCCCCCGGUGGUGGGCAGCGCCCUGCGAGCGGUGGAGCUGCUGCUCGCCUCCAGUGAGAUCUCACAGAGCAUGACGGCCAAAACCAUGAGGUUCAGGAACAAGAUGACCGAGGCCGGCUUCACCAUCGCGGGCUCGGCUCACCCAAUCUGUCCUGUGAUGCUGGGCGACGCGCGCCUGGCCUCCCUCAUGGCCGACGACAUGCUGAAGCUAGGAGUGUAUGUGAUUGGAUUCUCCUUCCCAGUCGUACCAAAGGGCAAAGCCAGGAUCCGCGUCCAGAUCUCCGCCGCCCACACAAACGAAGACAUCGACCACUGCGUCGACGCUUUCAUCCAGACGGGCAGAAAGCACGGCGUCGUCUCCUGAGAAAGGGACAAGUAAGCAGAACUCAGAAAGAUCCAGGAACCAGAAUGAGCUACUGAACAACGAUGAAGCGCUUUCUCUUACAGAUUGUGUCGCCUGUUACUCAAGACCUAUGAAUGUCGAUGAUGGAAAUAUUAGUUACAUCUGUAGGUCAACAGAGGUCAGUGUUGUUUUGUCUUUGCUGAAUAAAGCACAUUUGCCGACAUG